AUGGCAAAGAAGAAUGUCUCAGGCCUUGCUAACUCGUCGAGCAUUCUCUUCGGAACCUCUUUCAAUACUGCAAAACAGGUUGGCAGGAAGGUGAGGUCUUCCUGGACGGCAGACGAAGACCGUAUUUUGAUCGACCUUCACUCUCAAUACGGAAAUGAAUGGAAGAAAAUCUCUGCCAAAUUUCCGGAUAGGUCUUACAACGCCGUCAAGAAUCGAUGG